AUGUUGGAUUUCUUCCGCACCGUGGCUCAAUCCAUCCCCACGUCGCUCCCCUCGGAGUCGACAUCGCCAGAGAUUGAUGACCCAAUGCAAAAUUCAACCCGCGAUAUGCUGCAGGAUCGCGCAGGAAUCAUCGUCCUCAGAGAGGAUCUUGACUUCUAUGUAAUCCCACCACGGCCAGAUAUUGGCCAUGGAGAGAUGCUCGAAGUCAAACGGGCAGCUGGCCGUGCCCUUUUGAAACAGGAUGGUAUCUUCUCAGGGCUGCGCAAAAGCGAGGAAGUCGGCUCAACCGAGCAACACUUGAUUGAGAUGCUGACUGCUGGUGGAUUUGAUCGCGAAGAUCAAUGGGGCCACCGUGCCCCCGAGCCAAACAAAGCAGUGAUUUGCAGUCUUGCUUUGGCCAAGCUUCGUACUGAUAUCCGUGGAGACCUCUCGAAUAACAAUGCCGUUGGGAUGGCACAAAAGCUUUUGCUCUUUUGGAGGAAGCCUGCUCGGCGGUGCUGGUGGGAGGGUGUUGACUUGGUCGACGUUGAGGGCGUCGAAGGUCAAGUCAAGGUCUGGAUUCGACGAGUCUGGACACUGGAAAUGGCAAGAUUUUUCCACCCAUUUGCCUACUGA